AUGAGCAACAAGCAGCCGAACCUCUACGCCUACGAGACGGUCAACGAGCUCGCGCCCGCCUUGCGAGCCUACGUCAUCCAAGCACAAAAUGCCGGUCUGAGCCGUCACGGCGCUUUCAAGGUUGCCGUUUCUGGUGGCUCCCUCCCCAAGACUCUGGCGCAAGCCCUGCUGGCUCCUUCUUCCGGUCCCGAAGAUGCUGUUCAUUUCGACAAGUGGGAGAUCUUCUUCGCUGAUGAGCGCGCCGUUCCUCUCGACCACGAAGACUCCAACUAUGCCCUCCUGAAGAAGGAGCUUCUCGACAAGAUCCCCGAGGAUCUUGGCGCCCCGACCGUCCACCCUAUCGAUACCACCUACCUGAAUGACACCCAGGAGCUGGCCGACCAGUACGAGAAGACUCUUGUCACCAGCUUCGCCAGCCGCGAUAGUGUGCGCCUGCCCAUUUUCGACCUCCUGCUGCUGGGCUCCGGCCCCGACGGCCAUACCUGCAGUCUGUUCCCCGGCCACGAGCUACUGCGUGAGACCACCGCCUGGGUUGCUCCCAUUGAGGACUCCCCCAAGCCCCCGCCGAAGCGCAUCACUCUCACCCUGCCUGUUGUCAACCAUGGCGUCAAGAUUGCCUUUGUCGCCACUGGCGGUGGUAAGAAGGACAUCAUGAAGAGAAUCUUUGAGCAUGGUGACGGUCUCCCCUGCGCUCUCGUCAACGAGGGCGGCGGCGACCGCGUCAGCUGGUUCGUGGACAACCCGGCCGUCGAGGGCGUCAGCUUCCCCCGCCGUUCCUUUUUGUGA